AUCAACUCCAGGGGUUCACACUGUCGGACAUCUGGCAACUCUAACAGUAGUUGGCACAGUGAUACAUGGAAAUAAAACACAAGAGAAGUAUGAGGCAACACUGUGCUCUCAAAUAUGGAAUACUCAAGGAAUUCCUGGCUGAAUUCCUGGGAACGUUUGUCUUGGUUUUGUUUGGCUGCGGAUCAGUCGCCCAGACUGUCCUCAGUCGCAACACCCUGGGUGAGCCUCUCACCGUCCACAUCGGCUUCUCUGUGGGACUGACGAUGGCAGUGUAUGUGGCUGGUGGAGUGUCGGGGGGCCAUGUGAACCCUGCUGUGUCUCUGGCCAUGGUUAUUCUGGGCAAACUGAAGAUCUGGAAGUUUCCCUUCUAUGUCAUCGCUCAAUUUCUUGGUGCUUUUGCCGGAGCUGCUGCAGUCUUUGGAUUAUACUAUGAUGCUUUCAUGGACUUCACCAGCGGGAUUCUGUCGGUGACAGGCAUCAACGCAACAGGUCACAUCUUUGCGUCCUAUCCUGCGAGGCAUCUGUCAGUCCUUGGCGGCUUCAUAGAUCAGGUUGUGGGGUCUGGGAUGCUGAUCUUGUGUAUCCUGGCCAUCAUUGACGGGGGAAACAUUGGCGCUCCCAAAGGGGUGGAGCCUCUGGCCAUUGGCCUGAUCAUCAUGGCCAUCGGUGUGUCCAUGGGACUGAACUGUGGCUACCCGCUGAACCCUGCCCGGGACCUGGGGCCCCGGCUGUUCACUGCUGCGGCCGGAUGGGGCAUGGAGGUCUUCAGCACCGCAGGGUACUGGUGGUGGAUCCCCGUGGCAGGGCCCAUGGUGGGGGGUGUGGUUGCAGCCGUCGUCUACUACCUCCUCAUCGAGGUGCACCACCACCAUGAUGAGCCAGAGAAGCCCCAGGGGGAGGAAGAGGAGGAGGAGGAGGAUGAGGAGGAUGAGGACAGCAGUCUGAAGGACAAAUAUGAGAUGAUCACCAUGAGCUAAAAGAAAGACAGGACUGACUUGUACGUUGUCUAUCAGAUUCAACUGUUUUAUUGUUAAUCAGGUGAAGAGCGUCCAGCCCUGCUUACAGUUUUCUUUGCUCUCUUGGGUAAACUGUCCUAUAGCAGGAAUAGGCCGUAGUUAUUACUUCUCAGUGACCGAAUGCUGCACACACCAGUUUUUUCUGCUCACUGGUGAAACCAUUACAACUCACUGUACAGUAUUCUAUUUAUUAUUCUUAUUUAAUUCUUUGUUUCUUUUUUGUUGCCUUUCUUUUUUGUUCUUGAGUGAUAUAUGUAAGUGCUAGAAGCUACUAGUAAACCAGGAGUCGAAUUCCAUGUACACAUAAGCACACUUGGCCAAUAAAGCUGAUUCUGAUUGUGAUUUUGAUUGUGAUUCUGACUUUUGAGGGUCAAAUUACCAGGUAAAACAAUUUAGAAAACUUGUUUGCAUAGAUCAAAACUGCAGCUUGUCAUACACAACAAGCAGUGCAUCUAUGCUGCAAGUUUAAAUACAGAAAACAAGCAAAAUGUUGAAUUAUGCAUGUUUAAUACUUCACCUACCUCUAAAUCUCAUACUGGACUAUCUCAUACAGGAAAACCUCAGUCCUGUGUGUUUCUCUUUGUUAUAACUGCAUAUACGGCAUGUGUUGUAAAUAUUGUGUUGUAAAUAUUAGAGAUAACUACCCUUCACUUGCAUACAGUGGGGAUUGGGGCAAUAAUUUCUCAUGCAUGAGUCAGUCUCCUUCAGGGAUGCUCCCGUUUUAUUCACUGAUGGUGUUCUGUGUUUAUGUUGCCUGUAUUCACUUGAAUGUUCUUGCUUAUUUCUGUUCAAAUUUGUAAUUAUUUUCUUUAUUGCAAGUCAUGAGGAAUUCUCCAUCAUGCUCAUUAUUAUUAUUAAUAUUUGUUACUUUACUCCGUGUUGUUAAGCCUACAUUAAAAUUGCUAGAGAAAUCCA